AUGGUGAUAAUUUAUGCCGAUUCAAACAACAUGUCACCAAACACGUACGACACUUACCUGCCUGCCCAAUCUCGUUUUCCGCUCACCAAUAGCUACCACGACUGGGAUAUAAAUGAUCCAAAUAUGCCAGCGGUCACUGAAGGAGACUUCCAUGAGUUCGACGAAUGGGCUGACGGUCACACAAAACGCGUUUAUCGCAAAACUUGCGAAGAUUCGUUGAAACAUUUGUCUGGAUGGGCGAUGCGCAACACAAAUAACCACAAUGUGAACAUUUUAAAGAAGAGUUGUCUUGGCGUUUUGGUUUGCACAGCAUCUUGCACCCUUCCGAACGGCGAUAAAGUUUACUUGAGACCCGCCAUUUGCGACAAGGCACGCAAAAAGCAACAAGGCAAGGCAUGUUUGAACCGAAAUUGCAAGGGACGGUUAGAGGUUUUGUCGUGUCGCGGUCAUUGCGGAUAUCCGGUGACACAUUUUUGGCGCCAUACCGAGCACGGAAUAUUUUUCCAGGCGAAAGGGACACAUGAUCAUCCCAAACCCGAAGCGAAAAACUCGAAUUUGACGAAGAAAGUUUUGGGAAUCGCACGGAGAGGGAAGAGUUUGGCCUUGAUGUUGACACGAGAUGCAGCUUUAGGACAAAAAUUAAACAGCUUAAAACACCAGAAAAAAUCAAAAUCACUCAAAAUGGAGCCAAAUAACAACAAUUCCGAGUCCUAUCUCGUCAAGUCAUCCAAUGCCAAUGCCUACCAAUUGCCUCAAACGUACCAAUCGUACCAACCGAUGUCACAACAACACCUCCAGCCAGCAUCUCCUGACCUUCAAAUGACCUCCUACAACAUGAACGACUCGUUUUCGUCCCAAACGUACUUCGAUCCCAACGAAAUUUUCCAAUUAAAUAACCCAAUAAAGGCCUUUAACCCAACAACUGGCACAGAUUUCGCCCAAACGACGACUUAUCCGCAACAAACGACGUCCAGCGCAAAAAGUAUUUCACCCCCAACCGUUCUCGACAUGGAAAGUGGCGUGUAUCACCAACAAAUGACGCAAUACGAUUACAACAGCAACAGUUGCGACGAUGCCGCAAGUCUCGUUUCGAGUUCAAGUGCUUUCGAUGACGGAUAUUAUUCCGUGCCGACGCAGGAUUUCAACCAAUAUAGUCCGAGUUAUAGCGUGCCGGAGCAACAAUACACGGGAAAUGGUGAAAUGAAUGCCUUAAUCGACUACUACGUUGAUGGAAUGACCACGACGACCGCGAAUCAGGAUUACGAAAUGAGUUAUCCGAUGACGUCGAGCACGGAUUUCGUCAAUUAUGAGACUUAUGAUCCUACAAUUGGGGGAUAUUACUAA